AUGGCGCUUGUUACUGUUCUCAUCAUCGGCUGUGGCGUUGCCGGCCCGGUCCUUGCAGUCCUUCUGAAAAGAAAAGGAUACACCCCGAUUGUAUUUGAGAAAGUGAAGCAGUUGGGCGACGUUGGGGCGUCUCUGAUGUUGAUGCCGAAUGGGUUGAAAGUAUUGAACUUGGUCGGAGUGACAGCAGAGAUCGAGAAAGAAUCCCUGCCUCUAGAAAGAUUUCUCGACUGUUCCUCGGACGGGGAAGUACUUGGCUUCUCAGAAGAGCCCAAGUCAUUCAAGGGGAAAUAUGGCCAACAUGCAAUGGGCGUCAAACGGACAGGCCUGAACCUGAAACUCAAGGACAUGCUGAUUGACUUGGGCAUCGACCUGCGGGAAGGUUGGGAGUUGGAAGACAUUGAGGAGAAGGAAGACGCCGUCACAGCCUAUUUCAAGGGAGGCCGAAGCGUAACGGGCGCUUUCCUCAUCGGGUCCGAUGGUAUCAAAGCGGCAUCCAGAAGGAUUCUACUGAAGAACAAGGGGACAGGCGAAGGUCUGCCCUUGUUCAGUGGACUUACUCAGACCGCCGGGCUCUCAUCAACGCCACAGGCCAUGAAAGGCAAACCUUACAUGCGGAACUUCUAUGGUGAGGGAGUCCACAUGAUCACCUACCCAGUCUCGUCCGACGUCACAUCUUGGGCAUUGACACUGCCCGAAGAGACUGGCUCCGAGGCUUCCUGGGGCUUGAUUACAGCAGAAGAGAUGGAUGAGAGGAAACGGAAAUUACUUGCUCACCUCGAGCUCUGGAACGACACGGCUCCUGCAAAACUGAUCCAAUCGGCCGCUCGAAUGAUCAAGUUUGGGCUGUUUGACCGAGAUGAGAUGAGACCCGAUCAAUGGCAUACGAGUCGCUGUGUGCUUGUCGGAGACGCUGCACAUCCGACAAGCCCGCAUCUUGGCCAAGGUGCUAAUCAGGCAUUGGAAGACUGCUAUCACCUCAGCCAUUCGUUGCCGGAUUUGGAUCCGGAAGAUGACGGCCAACGAAUCCUCGCCGAGCUGAAACAGCGUCUGCCAGCAAUUUUCGAGGCCUAUGCGGAAAAGAGGCAGCCCCGGACUUCGGCCUUGGUCAAGGGGGCACGAACUCAAGGCCAGAUGAGAGUCGUAACGGCUGGGCCGGAAGCGUGCAAGAAGAGGAACGAGAAGGUCGCUUCUGCUUGGAAGGACACUGAUGCGGUAGCAGCCAAGUACGAGGGACUUUGUCAGGAGCCAUUCCAGUUGGUAUCUUGA